AUGGAUGCUGCACUCAAUUGCGUCAUAGCACGAUCUCAUCCCCACAACCUUAGACUUCAUGCCAUAUCUUGCUAAAUGAUGGGAAUGGGCGCGACAGUGAAAUGUCCCAAGCAACAGCGCCAGAACAUGGCAACUCGACCAAAAAGACCAGCUCAGUCUGGGGUCGAUUCCGCAGCAAUUUCCACAUGAGGCCGCCAGACGAUGACGAGCCUCAAGACUGGUGGUUCGCAUCCACUGCAAUUCCCCUCGCUGCAGCGACAACCGGUCCUCUCGCUAGCCUCAUGUCUAUCGUUGCGCUGGUUAACCCCUGGAUAAGCAAUAUUCUCCAUGACCAGGAAGGUGUAGAUGGUAUGCCGGUGCAAGUCGGCAUUGGGGAUCCUAGAUGGUGUGUCGCUUUGAAUGCGACGUCGCUUGCGUUUGGUAUACUGGGGAAUUUCUUCUUGCUGUGCAAUUUCACGCGCCUCGUGCGGUAUAUCAUUGCGCUUCCUCUGUCUAUCUUUCUGUGGAUCUCAUCGACGGUUAUAAUGACCGGGUUGACAAUAUCUAUGGAUGUGUACCAUAGUCCCAUCCCCCCAAACCAAACAUUCUCUCAGGGGUACUGGAGCGCCGUCAUCUCCGCAGUGCUCUACUUCCUCCUCUCCGUGAUCCUCAUGGUAAACAUGCUGGGAUACUUUCUAGGGCACUAUCCCCAGAACUUCGUCCUAACCAGCGAUCAACGAACUCUAAUUCUUCAAACAACAUCAUUUGUAGCCUGGCUCGCGAUUGGAGGAGUGAUAUUCUGCCACGUAAUCGACAUAUCCUACGCAAACGCCGUGUACUUUUCCGACAUUACAGUCCUUACAGUCGGGUUCGGCGAUAUCACACCCACAACCGCGGUGGGCCGCGGGCUGGUUUUCCCUUACGCUGUCAUUGGGAUUGUCAUGGUUGGCUUGGUCAUUUCCAGCAUCCAUAGAUUUGUACAGCAGAUUGAGCGCCAGGAUGUCCUCGUUCAGCAUGCCGAGCGCAAGAGGAAGGCCAUUAUCCGACGGUCCGAUGAGACAGAACCAUACGGGGAAAUUGAGUACCAGCAGCGACAUACACGACGAAAACCGAUCAUCAGCACGGUCCAUGCGUUUAACUGGAUAAGGCCGGGAAGUAGUCUCUCCAAGCUCACGCAGAUGAGAGAAGAGCGGGACCGGUUCGACGCCAUGCGCGCCAUCCAAACUGAAACCGUGCGGUAUCGACGCUGGAUGAACCUCGCUAUCAGUAUUAUAGCAUUCGGGAUUAUGUGGGCAGUUGGCGCCGUGAUAUUCUGGGCGCUGGAGGACGAUCUGACGUACUUCCAGGCGCUGUAUUUUGGUUUCACUUCUCUUCUGACGAUAGGGUAUGGGGAUAUCACGCCUACUACUAAUGCCUCGAGGCAGUUCUUCGUUGUCUGGUCCCUUUUCGCUGUACCGACGAUGACUUCGCUUAUCUCGAAGAUGAGUGAUACGCUUGUGGAUGGUUAUAAAAGGUGUACGAAUAUUGUUGCCGAUUGGACUGUGUUGCCGCAGUCUGGCCUUUACAGGACUGUGAUAUCGCGAUGCUCUGGAACAGUGAAGCGGAUAUGUAGUUUGGCACCAUCUGCUUACAGCCAGUCUCAACUUGAAAGAGGUCAACAGGAGCAGACAGAACCUCCAUCCCCCCCUCAAGAACAGUCCUCCGGCCAACUAUCGCUCGAAUCCCUUGCUCGAUCGCCCAGGCCCUCCACCCAUAGACUAGGACAGGAACUCGUCCUUGCAAUACAGAAAACGAUAAAAGACGCCGUCUCCGGUCAGAGGAAGAAGUAUAGUUAUGAAGAGUGGGUUGAGUUUACCCGGUUGAUCCAGCUCACGCAGUCUAAAGGUGGCGACGGGGAAGGAGAUGAAAACAUUCGCAUCGACGAGGACGAGUACGGUCUGCUUAACUGGGACUGGAUUGGACAGCAUAGUCCUCUGUUGGCCGAGAAGACAGAGCCAGAGUGGGUUCUUGAUCGGCUUUGUGAGAGUCUGGGGCGGUUUGUUGCACGGGUUGAGCCUUGAUGAGUCUUCUACUGUUACAGCCGUAGCUAUGGGUUAGCAUUUCCCAGUUAAUGUCAGAUACGAAAUCAUCUACUUUGUGGAAUGACGAAGACCCUGUAUACGUGAAAGACGGCCGGCUGGUGUUGUCAUGGUAUAUUGCCGACUGCUAGCAGCACCUUCGACAUCCGUCACACAUAUGCAGCCAAGAGCCCAAUGAUGCUGAUGCAGCUCACCUGCAUGAAGACCCCGACAUCGCCGUCUUGAUUCUUGAUUCCUGACAUGCCCCGCAGCUACGCA